CACACUAAAAGUUGUUACACAAAAUAAAUAGUAUAUUUAACACAAUAUGAGCCUUGAACAACAAACACCCGUAGAUCCUCACAAUCCCCACGGACUUGGCGACCCCAACGAUACCAGGUUGCGCAAGGUGGAGCGAGAAGUACUGAUACCCAAGAUAAUGCGCGAUCGUGCCAAAACGGAAUUCUGUUCGAAGGAAGUGGCCGAUUUCCAAGAAUGUUGCAAGGCCAGCAGUAUAUUAAUGGUGGCCACUUGUCGGAAACAAAAUUCUGCCUUGAAGGAAUGCCUAACACAGUGGUAUCAAAACGAGGCCUUCAAAGAGGAAUGCAAGCAGAUAUAUCUACAAGAACGAGCCGAUUAUCGCAGCACCGGCAUACCCAAAAAACAUCGCCUUGAGAAGUUGUAGAAUCCUCAAAUAGUUCCUUAUUGUUGUUUGCUUUGUACAAAAGUUAAGUAAUUAAAACGACGCACGAUUGUCUCUGUUA